AUGAAUACUGACAAUGCUGUCAACGUGGACAUUAUUUUUCUGUCGAAUUCCAUCGCCUUUGACGAAUUGUCAGCAGAAGUGAUUUCGCCCACCGGAGAACCAGUUGAUCAUGCACUUGGCAAAACGGACGACGGAGCGACGAUCUGUUUCGUCGCAAAAUGCUGUGGAACGUACCACGUCGUGUUGCUGCGACCGACCGCGAUGACCACUGAGACAUCGACCUGUCCAGCUAGGCACAUAACACGUCUGCCGGCCACCAUUAGACUGGUCGUGCUCGUGCUCGUGGUCGUGGUUACGGUUACGGUUACGGAUACGAUCGCCAGUCGUUGUCCACCCCUCCGCCUCGACGGUGUGUCCAGCGAUCGCCGCAAUCUGCCUGCUAUUGGCUAA